UCCCCAAAUUAAAGAAGAGAGAGAAAAAACGAUUCUCCGAUCAAAGAAAAUUAAUUAUCCAUGAAAAAAGACUCAAUUUUGUAAAUUUCACCAUUUAUCAUUCUAUUUGCUUUGCGAUAAUUUUGUAUAUCCAGCGUUGUUUCUACAGGUCCUGUUGCUGAGGACAUGUUUCAUUGGCAAGCUACCAUCAUGGGUCCUCCAGAUAGUCCGUAUGCAGGUGGUGUUUUCCUAGUUACCAUUCAUUUUCCUCCAGAUUAUCCUUUCAAGCCUCCUAAGGUAGCUUUCAGAACACAAAUAUGUCUGGACAUAUUGAAGGAACAGUGGAGCCCUGCACUUACCAUUUCCAAGGUGUUGCUCUCGAUAUGUUCUUUGUUGACGGAUCCAAACCCCGAUGACCCGUUGGUGCCUGAGAUUGCCCAUAUGUAUAAAACGGACAGGAUCAAGUAUGAGACCACAGCAAGGAGCUGGACACAGAAAUACGCCAUAGGAUGAUCCUUAAAAAGAUUUAUAACUCUAAGUGUGAAAUACUCUAAUCUGUGUUUAAAGGGAAGACAUACGGUACUACUUUGAAAGUGUUGUAUUUAUAUUGAACUUGAAAAACAUUUACAUCUAUUAGUAUCUCUGUGAAUGAUGUCUCAGUUUUAACUAAA